AUGACAUACUCAGAACCAGAGACGAUAGGCAUUCGGGAGAAGGUUCGCCGACAAUAUAACCGAUUUCGUCGGGAUAAGUCUCGGGAUUCCUCGAAACAUGCCCAAGCAGCACAGUCUGUUCCAACAAAGCAUGCUUCAUCACCUCAACAGGUAAACCAUCCCCAACAUAAAGAUGUCACCAGAGAGUCGAUCGAUACCGGGAACAAUACGGCUCUUCCCACUCCCCAACUUGACUGUGAUGAAGAAGACUUGAAAGCCGAGGAUUUGCUUCUUGGCAAUGAGAUUGAAAAUGGUAGUGCAACUUCAGACGUUUGGAGUGCAGCAUACCGUGAAGCAGUUGAGAGUCUUGGGGAGGAUAUUACCGCCGCCCUGGCCGGAAAGAAUGCCUCCCAGUUGUUUAUGGAUCUGGAAAAGAUCGAACUCGACAAAACUCACGAAUCUGCUUUUUUGAGGGGCGUCAAGCGUUUACAUUCCUUGAAGUUACCACUUGAAAAUCUCAAGCUAGCAUUGGAUCUCGCAAGUCCACUUGCAAAUCUUGAAACAACUGCAUUCACAGUGUGCGGCGUAGCCAGAAGUGUCACAGCGAUUGCUAUUACAUUUGCCAAUGCCGAUUUGGAAUUCGCGAAACAAAUUGCGGACAUGUUAAAACGGAUCUCUUUCAUCGAUGAGUGUGACACGCUGGGCCGGAAAGUUGGUAGAAAAGAUAUUCACAAGGCGCUCGUAUCUGUGUAUCGAAAAAUGCUAGAAUUCUACGACGCUGCCCUCACAAUACUGAAGAGGAAAGGGGCCAAAUUGACAAGUGCCGAUGAACUCCAAAAAGUUAUACAAAAAGCGACGAUCGACAUACUGGAGGAUAUACGAAAGAUGCUGUAUGCCCAGGAAUUUGGUCAAUGGCUCGGACUUGAGAAACUCAGCCGUCAAAGUCAAUUUCGGGCUGAGUUGCAGGGGCUUCGGGCCAACGAGGCUUGCAAAUUCUUACUGAAAAGUUACAACUUCAACCGUUGGUACUGUACAUCGGAGUCUCAGCAAUUGGUUAUCCUUGGUGAUAUGGGCCAUGGAAAAACCUUUGCAAUGACAUUCGUUGCAGAUGAGCUAAGUCAAAGAAACAAAUUUUUGUUACCUCGACCCGCACUAUGCCAGUACUAUUGUCGGGAUGACGAGACAGGGAAGCUCACUGCUAUACUAUCUGCUCUGGUUUAUUCACUCCUGAAUCAACUAGAAGGCCUGCAGAAGCCGUUUUUUGAGAGCUAUAAGCAGGCUCAGAUGUCCGAUUUUGAUCCAGCGUCAAACACCCAGACCAUGAAAGCACUUCUGCAAAAUAUGCUAAACAUGAUUGAUCGUCCAGUUAUUUUCGUUAUUGACGGCAUAGAUGAGUGCGACGAUGAAUCUAGGUCUAGCCUACUCGAGUUCCUGAAUUCUGCAUCACAAAUGACUUCGGGACUCAAAACCAUUAUAUCUACUCGUCCUCGAGAAAGUAUCUUGGAACAGCUGAGCCAUGUGAACAAGAUUAAACUGGGUUGUGAUCCUGAACGAGAUCUUAUCAUUGUUGAAAAAUCCCUUGAAAGACUGCCACAUCUAUCAUCAGAUGUUAAAGCACUGGUCAGAGAAAAGCUGUCCCAACAAGCACAAGGAAGCGCCAUCUGGACAAAAAUGAUCAUUGAACUCAUCAAAGCUCGUCGAAUAGCGGCGAAGCCUGCGAUGGAGCGCUUUCUGAUGGAAAUUCCUUUCCCUGAAAAGCUUUCGGAUGUUUACAUGUCAUUAUUUUCACGUUGCACUUCAGACGAUCCAGAAAAUCGGCGUCUUGCCGCUGCGGCUUUGAAAAUCCUCGCUACCAGCCACCGACCUUUGAGCAUACUAGAGUUGGCCUGGGCAGUGGCAUUGAGCCUGGCUGAGAACGUCACAACAGUGGAAUUUCUUGGUAGCCUAGUAGACCAUCAAAGAGUCAUGGAACUUAUCUAUCCAUUCAUUGCUUCCCUGGACCACAACAAACUAGGAUUGCCCCAAGUUCGACUUACACACCAGUCUGUAAGGGAGUGGAUCUUCAAAGACUUCGAUUCAAAAAUUCCAGGCUCGAAAGAAACUGAUCAGAUGAAUCAUAAAUCUGAAAACCCGAACUCACUUAUGCUCAACAUUUGCAUUAAAUAUUUGCUCUUGGAAGAAAUCGGCAAUACGCAUAUCUUCUCCGAAGAUCAAGCAGCACUCCAAGAGCUACCUCCAUGUCCUACAUUAUUCAGCGACGAGGAAGAUUCGAUCCAAUAUGAUGGAAACUGUACUUGGGAAUCCUGGGAAGACGAUAUGGUUCGGUUUGACCCGGUUGAACGUGGCUUUGGAGAAUUAUUCGUCUACGCAUCAUGCCAUUGGCUAGAUCAUUUUAGUCGCAUCACGGUCGAGUCUCUUCCAAGCCUAGCAAUUAUCGAGAAUGUCUGUGAAGCGGGAUCUAUUCGUCUAAGCAAUUGGGUUGAACAAAAUCGUCGACCGGCUUGCGCAAUGUUGCCCAGGUUUGAGUUUGACUACAGACUUUUUGACCCUCUGAGCAUCACUUUGGUCUAUGGCUCAGUGGCUGCGAUGCAUGAUAUGCUUGGAAAGACAAACCUGGACAGCAAUAGAUAUCUUGAAGGAUCUGUGAUGAAAGCCGCCGACCAGAUUCUUCAGUGGGGAGACAUAUCAAGACUUAGGACAUUAUUCUUGGAUGAGCGCGCUGGUCCGCAGCUUCAAAAUCUUGACCUCUUCCGAAUUGUCAUUACGAGGUGGCAAAAGUCCCAACGUACUAUCAAGCCAUCAAGCACAGAAGGGCAGAAUUGGGACAUUGUUUUUGACCUUGUCUAUGAUUUGUUAGAUAAGCUUAUUGAGGAACACUGGGGAAACGAACUCUUAUGUUUGGCUGCCGGCGCAGGCUGUAUAGCCCUAGUACAGCGUUUGCUAACUAGCACCCAGAACAAUGCAGAGCUCAGGAAAGAAUUGUUCCGUGGAAAUUCAUCAUUUGACAAAUCAACGCAUCAAUCAAUCGGACGUGCGGUUUUGGGAAAUCAUAUCGACACCGUGCGCUACCUACUGAGCGACAAUGACAUUGAAACGCACCUUCGAUACCGAAACUCUCUCGGAGAAAACGUUCUACAUCUAGCAUCAAGACUAUGCAACCCAGAGAUGUUCCGUCUUUUGGUUCCCCGCUUCCAAGAAGGCGUCAUUGAAGAAGAUGAUCAAGGAGACACCCCUCUAGCACGAAUCAUCAUGAGCCCAGCGGCUUCGGCUUCGCUCGCUCUUUAG